ACAGACAGACAGACAGUGAAGUAAAGGGAAGAAAGUUCUCGUUGUCUGUUCCCGGGCCUCUGUGUGUUUGACUUCAGUCGUUGCUACCGCAGCGUGUGGAGUUUUAGUGUAUUGACAGUAAGGACUGAAUAGUUGGUGCACAUUUAACGUCAUGGCGGACUAUCUGAUCAGCGGACAGACCAGCUACGUUCCCGACGACGGUUUAUCAGGACAGCAGCUCUUCACCGGAGGAGACGGGCUCACCUACAAUGACUUCCUCAUUCUUCCAGGUUAUAUCGACUUCACAGCAGAUCAAGUGGACCUGACAUCAGCUCUCACUAAAACAAUCACAAUGAAGACUCCAUUUGUCUCCUCUCCUAUGGACACGGUGUCAGAAGCCAACAUGGCCAUUGCUAUGGCACUUACAGGUGGCAUUGGCUUCAUUCAUCACAAUUGCACUCCAGAAUUCCAGGCCAAUGAAGUUCGCAAAGUUAAGCGAUAUGAGCAGGGCUUCAUCACAGACCCUGUGGUGAUGAGUCCCAACGAGCGUGUACGGGACGUCUUCCAGGCCAAGGCUCGUCAUGGCUUCUGUGGCAUCCCCAUCACAGACAAUGGGAAAAUGGGCAGCAAGCUGGUGGGCAUCAUUUCCUCCAGAGACAUAGACUUCCUGAAGGAUGAGGACCUCAACCUGCCACUCAGUGAGGUCAUGACAAAGCGAGAGGACCUAGUGGUUGCUCAUGCUGGAGUGACGUUGACAGAAGCCAAUGAAAUCCUCCAGAGGAGUAAGAAAGGAAAACUUCCCAUAGUAAAUGAAGAAGGAUCUCUGGUAUCCAUCAUCGCUCGCACAGACCUGAAAAAGAACAGAGACUUUCCUCUGGCCUCCAAAGAUCCACGCAAGCAACUGCUUUGUGGCGCAGCCAUCGGCACCCACAACGAUGACAAGUACAGAUUGGAUUUGCUGGUGCAGAGUGGGGUGGAUGUGGUCGUAUUGGACUCAUCUCAGGGCAACUCAAUCUACCAGAUUGACAUGAUCAAAUAUAUCAAAGAAAAGUUCCCCCACCUACAGGUCAUUGGAGGCAAUGUGGUUACUGCAGCUCAAGCGAAGAAUCUCAUCGACGCCGGAGCGGAUGCACUGAGGGUGGGGAUGGGCAGCGGCUCCAUCUGCAUCACACAGGAGGCUCCCCUCAGUGUACCACCAGCAUUAGAGCUCCACAGCCCCAAAACCCCAACUUCUGUUACUGGAUACAGCAUGCUGGCGUGUGGCAGACCCCAGGCCACAGCGGUCUAUAAAGUAUCAGAGUACGCCCGGCGUUUCGGCGUGCCAGUCAUCGCGGACGGCGGCAUCCAGAAUGUCGGGCACAUCGCUAAAGCUCUGGCAUUGGGAGCAUCCACAGUGAUGAUGGGUUCUCUGCUUGCUGCCACCAGUGAAGCUCCAGGUGAAUAUUUCUUCUCUGACGGCAUUAGGCUGAAGAAAUACCGCGGCAUGGGUUCGUUGGAUGCAAUGGACAAAAACUUGGGCUCCCAAACCAGAUACUUCAGUGAGAGUGAUAAGAUUAAAGUUGCUCAGGGUGUUUCUGGAGCCGUGCAGGACAAAGGCUCCAUCCACAAGUUUGUUCCCUACCUGCUGGCUGGUAUUCAGCACUCUUGUCAGGACAUUGGUGCCAAGAGCCUCACACAGCUCAGAGCCAUGAUGUACUCAGGAGAUCUGAAAUUUGAAAAGAGAACGUCGUCGGCUCAGAUGGAGGGUGGAGUCCACAGCCUGCACAGUUACGAGAAACGUCUGUUUUGAAGCUGUUCAACCCGAAGAUGAGGAAAUCUUGCAAACACAUUAUGCAAACUAACACACAACUACAACAGACCCGUCUCAUAGUCACACUCCACACACUGGGCUUGAAAAAGUCUCCAAUCCUUGAGGAUGACACUUCAGGAGAUUGAUCGAGCGAUUGGAUUUAUCUGUUGAAGCAACAUGUUUAACUUCCUCAUUCUUUCUCUAACAAACGAUACAACAAAAUGCAUGUGUUCCCCAGUCUGUCUGCUCAUUUGUUGUUUGUUUUUUUUAAGGUGCUCUCUGAUUAAAUGGAGUCAAAUGCUUCA